AUGUCGUCCACAGAAUCAAGUUUAGCCACAGCGAAGACAGUUGUCACCACCUUAGGUUCCAUUGCCGCAACGGCCAUGGUGGUCCGUACAUUUGCCAGAGACUACGCCCCUGAAGAACUCCAAGACUAUCUCUCUCUUGGACUAAGAAACCUUUUCAACAGAUUCUCAAACCAGUUAACAAUGGUGAUAGACGAGUUCGAUGGCCUUGUCAACAAUGAAAUUUAUGAAGCUGCCGAGACCUAUUUGGGCCCCAAGAUCACCCCCAACACUCGUCGCCUCAAAAUCAGCAAACCCGAAAAGGAGAAGAACAUUAACAUCACCAUGGAACGCAAUGAAGAGGUCACAGAUGUCUAUGAAGGAACUAAAUUCAAGUGGGUUUGGGUUUGCAAACAAAUGGAGACAAGAAAUCCAAGACACUUCUAUAAUCCUCGUGACUUAAAUUCAACUCUGAGACAUGAAAUCCGAUCGUUCGAGCUAAUGUUUCACAGAAAACACAAAGAUAUAGUGGUCAAUUUUUACCUGCCUUACAUUAUGGAAGAAGCAAAGAAGAAGCAACAAGAACAGAGGACUCUGAAGAUUUUCACGGCCGAUUAUGAGGACAUGUACGAUUUGUCCAAUAUAUGGACAUCGGUGAAUUUGGACCACCCAUCGACGUUUGAGACUUUGGCAAUGGAUUUAAAGCAGAAAGAGAUGGUGUUGAAGGAUCUUGAGAGGUUUGUGAAGAGAAAAGAGUAUUAUAGGAAGGUGGGCAAGGCUUGGAAGAGAGGGUACUUGUUGUAUGGGCCUCCUGGAACUGGGAAAUCGAGCUUUAUCGCAGCCAUGGCCAAUUUCUUGAAUUUUGAUGUGUAUGAUUUGGAAUUGACUGAGUUGAAGCGUAACUCGGAUUUGAGGAAGUUGCUGUUGGCGACGGCGAAUCGGUCGAUAUUGGUGGUGGAAGACAUUGACUGUACCAUUGAGUUCCAAGAUCGAGCGGCGAAGAAGAAGAAGAAGAAGAAGAAAUCAGAAUCCGAGGAUGAGGAAGAAAGCAAGGUUAGUAGUUCAGUUCUAUUUUUUUGGACUUUAUUUUCUUUGUGA